AUGGCUGCUCGUCAAGCAAUGUAUAUUUGCGCUCCCAUGAUAUCCGUCCUCCCUCGCCGCCCGAUGAUAGUUACUGCCGUCGAGCAGUACUGUGGCCGACGGACGUUCCGGCGAACUCUGCAGGUCCGAUCAUGCAGCGCCACUAGUCAUGUAGCUCCCUUGCGGCGGCGGUCGGGGAAUUAUCAGCCAAGCAUAUGGACGGACGAGCGUGUGCAGUCCCUCACGGGCACCUCUACGGUGCAACAAGAAGAGAAACGUGAGAGAAUAAACGUACUGAAGGAGCUGACCAGGAAUCUGAUAUGCGAGAAGCAGCAAGUAGCAGAGCAGCUUCAAUUGAUCGACCACCUGCAACAGCUCGGCGUGGCGUAUCACUUCAAAGACGAGAUUGCUGACGUUUUAAGUCAUCUUCACGCUUCUUUAGACCAUGUGAGCUCGCAGCUGAAGGACGAUCUCCAUGCCACAUCGCUGCUCUUCAGGCUCCUCAGAGCAAAAGGCUUCUCUGUUUCACAAGAUUUGCUCGAGACAUUUAGAGACGAGAAGGGAAACUUCGAAGCUCGCUGUGAGAACCAGAUCAGAGGGCUUCUGAGUUUGUACGAAGCUUCCUACCUGGAGAAGGAAGGAGAGUCUGUGCUUAAGGAAGCCAUGGAUUUCGCGACCGAGCAGCUGAAGGCAUUGAUGGAGGAGGGAUCUGUUCCUGAGGCUGGCGGUCUUAGAGAGCAGGUGGCCCAUGCGCUGCAGAUUCCACUGAAUUGGCGCUUGGAGAGAGUGCAGCACAGGUGGUUCAUUGAAGCAUGCCGUGGCGACGACACCAUCAAUCCUCUCCUUCUGGAGUUUGCUGAGCUCGACUUCAAUCUAGUUCAGGACACGUACAAGAGCGAACUCAGAGAGCUCUCCAGAUGGUGGUCGGGGCUCGGGCUUUCAGAGAAGCUGCCAUUUUGCAGAGACAGAUUACUUGAAAGCUAUCUGUGGGCAGUUGGUUUCACUUAUGAACCAGAUAGAGGGAGAUGCAGAAUGAUCGAAACAAAGGCAAUUUGUUUUAUUACACUGAUUGAUGAUAUUUACGAUGUUUAUGGAACCUUGGAUGAACUCCAGCUCUUCACUGACGUCGUCAACAGGUGA